AGUUGUUCAACAUUCAGGUUCUUCGAAACCUGUGAUGUGAAUUUUGUUCAAACCGUUUGGAUAUGGCUUUAUGAGAGGCAGUUCUUUUGGACCGUUUCUGAUGGUGCCUUCUAAAGCAGCGUGUAACAAACUAGCAUAGCUUGGAUGGUCAUUGGGGUGGUUGUUACCUUCAACCUACUAGGGUUUGAUGCAUUGUGUGCCUCGUUAAAGCGGAUUAUCCUUUUAUUGGUAAGCAACGUAACUCUUGAUGAUGAGGUGAUGAUGGUAAUUGUAGCCGUAUUUCUAAGAAAUAUAUUUUGCAGUGCUGCUUCAAAAUGACGAAGCUUAUUUUGUAGCUGUCUUUUAAAUAUAUGUAAGAUCAAACGAGAAUGGCCGGGAGGGUGCCUUCGAACAACAUAAGGGUGAAGGUAUUGACUAAUAAUUUUUAAUCGAAAUGAGCAUUUCACAUAGGCUUUCACUCCUGUAAUUUUCUCACAACAGUUGCCAUAAGCUGGAUGAUCAUGUACAGUCUUUAACAACAAUUCAAAAUGUUUUGUACCACAAACUCUUUAUCUGAUUCGCAAUCCGGUUUCGUCGGUGAGUUUGUCUAGGUGAGGUACAACAAAAGUAGAUUGCGUAUGAGUAUGUUUUGAUGAAACUUUUUCGGUCUCGUAAUUACCAAAUGGUAAUAUGCCGGUUACCAUCAUUUUAGUAAGAUAUAAAGUGCAGUUAGUGUGCUGUCAAAAAAGUUAAGAAGUCAAGGGUCCCAUAACCCACAAAUAUCUAGCCGGUAACUCUCUGUUAGCAAUCUAUUAACUACCCCGUCCAUCCGGAAAUAUGUGAAACUUGUCUAAAUUCACAUGUGUUAUAUUCUCUCCGUCCAACAAAAAAUGUCUCAAAUUUGACUAAAUUUGAAGUCAUGUAUACAUUCAAAUUUUGGCAAACUUAAGACAUCCUUUGUUGGACGGAGGGAGUACAAAAUGUGUAGAUGCACAUGAAUCUAGACAACUCCGAAUCAUUUAUUUCCGGACAGAGGAAGUACAUAACUAUAGACCGACACCAGUUUCCUUAUAAUCGACAAAUAAUCAUGUGUGAACGCUCUACUAGUGGUCGGAUUACUCGUGUAUUUUCAGCGUACUGCUACCACUAAGUUAAGAGAAAGGCUAUGAGCGGAAUCUAAUUUCGAAGCUUUCAUCGCACCGAACUCAAUUGUGAACAUUAAUUUUGAAUUGAUUAUCAGAAAAAAAGAUCUCGAUGACAACAGUAAAUUUGUCAUCACUUGAAGACAUGCAGAUAGCCAAUAUUAGAUUUCAUUAAGACAAAACUUUGAUCACAAAUUAUUAUGUUAACAUGUGAUUUAUAUGGCAUGAAACUUAUACGUUACAUUCGUUAUCAAAAAUAUUUUAUAAUACUUGUGGUUUCAUAUCUUAGUAGCCAUGUAUCAAUAGAAUAAUUUUUAGUCCAAGUAUUGUCUUAAUAAAAACUAAUACGUCCUCUUUCGAGGAAUGGAGGGAGCAGUAGGUUGAGGCCGCUCGUGCAUCAAGCCUCGCCUCCAUUCUUACGGUUGAUCGAAUGUGGUCUUGAGAAAAUAACGGUCAAACGAGCCCAGCGAACGAAUCCAUCUCCUCCUCUUUUCCCAUGCACUAGCUUGUUCCACGCUCAUGCCUCGCCUCCAUUCUUGUCGGAUCAAAACAUCUCACAAGACACGCUAAGCCGCCACCACUAGCUCACCCUAGGACGGCCAUGUCCUCCUUCGACUCCGUGGCGGCCAUUGCCGGCGACGACGACGCGCCCCCGCAGGCUCCCUUCGACGACAUCCCCGCCGUCGACGGCGCCGCCGAGCAGGACGGCGUGGGCGUGGGCGUGGGCGUGGGCCUGCACCGCGGGCACCGCUUCGCCACGUCCUACUCCUCCUUCGGCACCGCCAUCUCCGAGGACGACCUCACGGGCUUCGGCAUGCCGCCCGACUCCAACGGCGCCCCCGGCUACGGCUACGGCUACGGCGGCUACAUCGGCGCCGAGGAAGUCAUCGGCGGCGGUUUACAUGACGGAGGCAUGUCCGGCAUCAUCACCGAUGACGACGUGUUGUUCGUCGGGGCGGCGGCCAACGACAGCGGCGCCGUGCUGCCGCCUCCCGAGGCCAUGCGGGAGGAGGGCGUCCUCCGCCGCGAGUGGCGCCGGCAGAACGCGGUGACGCUGGAGGAGAAGGAGCGGCACGAGAGGGAGCGGCGCAGCGAGAUCAUCGCGGAAGCCGAGCAGUUCAAGAAAUCCUUCCUCGACAAGCGCAGGCUCAACUGCCAGACCAAGCGGACGCACAACAGAGACAGGGAGAAGCUGUUCUUGGCGAACCAAGACAAGUUCCACAAGGAGGCGGACAGGCAGUACUGGAAGGCGAUCGCGGAGCUGGUGCCGCACGAGAUCCCGGGGCUGGAGAAGAGAGGCGCCGGGAGGAAGAAGAAGGAGCAGGACAAGAAGCCCAACAUCGUCGUGCUGCAGGGGCCCAAGCCUGGGAAGCCCACCGACCUCUCAAGGAUGCGCCAGGCCCUCAACAAGCUCAAGCAGACGCCGCCGCCGCACAUGGUGCCGCCGACCAAGGACGACGACGCCAACAACAAGGGUGGCGGCAAAGAUGCAAAAGAGGCGGAGGAGAAGAAGGCGGCGGCGGCGGCUGACGGUGGAAAGGAUGCGGCCGGUGGCAAUGCUACUAGCGCAGCUUCCCGGCCGCCGGCUGCAGCAACUGAGAGUCCGGCGGAUAACGCACCUGAACAACAGGAGAACAAGUGAUAACGGCUGAAUAAUUCCUGGAAUAAAUUCUUGUGAGCACUGGUUCUGCAUCCAGCCCUUAAUUAAUUAAUCAGGUGUACACUCUCUUCUGAGGGUGUUGUUUUGCUUCA